AUGACAACAUUCGCCAAAACAUCAUUUUCGGCAGCAUCUUAUGCCACAUUCCGACCGUCCUACCCUCAAUCGCUCUAUAAAGAAGUGCUUCGAUAUCAUGGUGGACAGCGUCAAUUGUGCGUUGACCUUGGAUGUGGCCAUGGCGUGGUUGCGCGAGCAAUGUCAAAACACUUUGACACAGUCACGGGAACCGAUCCGUCUGGUCGCAUGAUAGAACAAGCACAAUCCUCGACAUCCAGUGCAGAUUACCCGAACGUCAGUUUUCGUGAGGCAUCUGCAGAAAGUCUCCCAUUCGUCGCGGACUCUUCUGUCGAUAUGAUGGUUGCAGGUCAGGCUGCUCAUUGGUUUGACUAUGCAAAAGUCUUCGCAGAGCUUGCUCGCACAGUCAAGAGCGGUGGUACCAUGGCUUUCUGGGGCUAUAAAGAUCACGUCUUUGUCAACUCUCCCAAAGCAUCUUCGAUCAUGGACAAGUAUGCCUAUGACCACCAUCCCGAUCUGCUGGGUUCCUAUUGGCAACAACCAGGCCGCUCCAUCGUCCAGAACUUGCUGCGAGACGUGAAGCCUCCAUCUGACGCUUGGGAGGAUCUCCAGAGAAUCGAGUACGAACCAGGAACCAACGGCAAAGAUGAUGGUCAGGGUACCAAGUUCAUGGACGUGUCAUUCAAGGUAGGCGAAUGCAAGGAAUACAUUCGCACCUGGAGUUCGUAUCAUUCUUGGAGGGAGGCUCAUCCAACACUGGAAGGAAGAAGCAGGGGUGGCUCUGGAGACGUGGUUGACGAACUCUUCGAUGAAAUUGCAAGCACAGACCCCGCGUUUGGGUCCGAAGAAACACUGGUCGAUGUUGAAUGGGGUAGUGUUUUGCUGUUGGCCCGCAAACGGUGA